UUUUUUUUUUAAUUUCAUCAUCCUCAUCAUCUUCAUUUUCUCAUCCUCUCAUCCUCAUACUCCUCACAUCCAUUCAAAUACUUUCCACAGGUGUGAACCCAGUUUCGAAAACUUUUUAAUCACAUCAGACACCUUACUUUAAUAUAUACACACGUAUAUCUCACUUCAACAUGAGAUUCUCGAUUGCUGCUUUUGUUGGAGCCUUUUCUAUGGCCCUAUUCGUGCCCUCAGUUCUCGCUUGUGAACGAGAGUGCCAAGUGAAUGUCUCACAUGCAUUCGCAGACAAGUACCAACUCCUCUCAGAUAACUACUUUACUCGUCUGAACUUUGAGGUGGAGAAGUCGCUCUUCUACGGCAUUCCUGCAGAUGCUCUCACUCUCACAGAAAAGCAGGCUGUCACCAAGACUGUUGCGGACUCGGUACUGGCGGCCCAGACGUCCUGGAGCAACACAAUUUUCCAGACUGUCUUCGAUACGAUUUUCAAGGACGAGCCAAAAUUCAAAGGAGAUUGUAACCAUCCUCACCGAGUGAACCAACCACCUCGAGGUGUGAAUUGGACGAUGCCUGAUUGCCACAACAUGGAUUACAUUUGUGGAAACCCACCUUCGAUCUGCCAUUUCAUGCCGAUGAUCAAGACUCGAAUUGUCAAGAAGCUGAUUGGUCAACUUCAAGCUCGUGUAGAUGGAGAUGAUUCAGAAGUGUACCUCAACUUUGUGGGACCAGCAUUGCAAGAUGUUUUGACUACUCAAGUAAAACUUGCAAACUAUGCGGCAACUCUUCAUGGAAACUUGAAUCAGAUCUUGGAGAGCAUCAAGGCCAGCUUGAUUAAUUUUGCAAAUGAGAACGAAUGGAAGCCUGAAUGGGAUAUGGAGAUCAAGAUCCUUCUUUUGACUUUCCCUUAAAAAGGUGAUUUGGUUGCUCUUUCUCUCUCUCACACACACACGGAGGCAGGACCUUCGACCCUCUUCUCCUUAGCAUAGCUAUUUAUAUAUAAAAUAGCACAUAUAUCUAUAGAAAUAUACAUAAAGAUUUAUUUAUUUAAUUUAUCAGAA